UUUGGUGACUGUCCGACUAUUCACUCCUCGGCUGCAUGUACACAUGAGAGAAAGGGUACCUGCAGUGGACUAUCCGCGCCUGACUCGUAUUGUGACACAAUAGGCAAGCGGGGCUCGCGGACUCGACUCGAUCUUCCCGUCUUUUCACCACCACAACAAAAACAUUUCACCCACGCGUCACUCCUCACCCCUCCCGUCUCCCAACUAAGCCUUCACCUCGUUCCCAACUCUUACAACAUACCAACCAACCUCACAACUUUUGGCUCGCAACAACUACAACCAACAUACCUACAUGCGAUGCACAGAAAGACUCCAACCCAGAAAAGCUGGCUGCUCGCUAUCCCGACAGAAUUACGACUGCAGAUCUACCAGCACAUUCUCGCAGACUCAAGUGCAUUUACUAUCAGCGCGGCGCCCCUCACCGUCUUCGGCCACCGCAUCCGCGACACCGCACGAGCGAAGGAAAUAGCAGGCCUGCCGCUCGAACUCGUGCCGCUGGUGCGCUGCGGAUACGAUCACACCCUCCUCAGCAUCACGAAUCCGCCAGAGAUCGCGCUGGACAAUGGCUUAGCGCAUACAAAGCAGGGCGGCGAAGUGCUCUGGCCGGCUACAAUGGCAUUGCUGCGGACGUGCCAGCUCACUCGCCAUGAGUUAAUGGAUUGCAUGCAGAGAAGAAUGAGGCGAGAUGAGGAAGAGGAAGGAUUGACGCUAUAUGUCACGUACCCGUACGGCUUAAUAGUGCUGAAAGAGUGCUAUCCCGAGCUGCUCAAGCAGGCGAGCAGAGUGGAUAUCUCGGGAUGCUACGCUAGUCCCCAGGCGAAAGAGAAUGUGGACCCUGAGCUGCAGCAUUCAUUCGGCACAGUCGGCAUGGAAGUUUCCAGCUCGCGAUAUGUCUCCGAACGGCCCCGGCUCGAAGAUCCAGCGCCCAUGCGAGGAGAAGACGCGAGCGGUCGGCGCCUCCGAUUACGCCUCGACCCGCCCCUUCGCCAGCGGUCUAACAAGACUCCCACCCUGCUUCACCAACCCAUCGCAAGCCUCACAGCUGCCACUACCGCCAUCGCGUCGCUGGCCCGCACGCUCUUCCCGCCUUUCUCUUCGGCCCCGGUCAAACUCACAACGCGCAUCCUGUACCCUGGCCCGGCCUCUUACCCCACGGUGUGGAGCGACGAUGGCAGCCCCAUCGUGCGCAUCUUGCAGAACACUUACGGUGGCGAGAUCGACACCAAGGUGUUUCGCGGGAGGCAUGGUAGUGGAGUACAAAUGACGGUGAAGCCGCGUCCAAACGGAAGGAUGCUGACUACGGGGUGGGGAAAGUUGAGUGGAGAGUGGUGGCAGGUCGAUGAUUGGGUUGCGGGGGAUAGGGGCGCUGAGGAGGAGGGGGAGUAAAAGGGCUGAUGGUGGUUGGAUGGAUUGGUUCCGGAGGGGCUUUAGGACAUCAUUUUGCUUAUUGGGGUUUGGGGGCUUUUUCGAUGCUUUGGCAUUCUUUGAUAACAUUGGCUUGGAGUGCAUUGGCCUUUUGCAUAGGUGUGGCAUUGUGGUUUACUCCCCAGGGGGUCAUUUUUCCUUGCAUUUGAACGGGCAUUCUGUCGCCUGCAUUGGUUCGUUUGGGGAUCUGGCUGAAGUCCCUCACAUCCUCUUCAUUCUUACUAAAGAGAAACAACACUAUAGGGAAUAGUGCACUGACUAU